CUUCGGGCCCACGUCAGAGCCGCGGGAACAGCGGAAAAGCCCGGCGAUCAAACAAAUACGUUGUAUGGGAACACCCGGACCCUCUAACCUCCUCGCCGCCGUGGGAUCCCACCCUCAUCCUCUUUAGGGGCGCGGCGCACUCAGGGAACUGCUGCCUGGCCCCGAUUUCCUCCCCGUGCUUGCACGUGUGUGCGCAUCCGCUCCUCCGCCAGCGCACGCGCGCGUGGUUUGCUUGCACACCCAGCCGGUGUUGGUGGGGCACACACUGUCCCCAGGCGCGGGGAAGGGGAGGUGGCCGGGCCUUCCGGGACACCGCGCCUGCAGGACGCCCUUAUCUCGGUCCCACCCGGGCGGCCAGAGGCGUAUCUGGAACUCGCGGCUCAUUCUCGUUAAUCAUCGUGCUCCUCUAUUCCGGCUGUGCCGCGCAGCAGCUUGCUUCCCACACCCUGGAAAUGUCGCUGGAAACUCUGAGUGCCCUCCCGGCCUGCCCGCCCCCUUCCCGACGCCAGCCCUGCGGUGGGGGCCCGGGGAAGGCAGCUGGGAACCCGAGUGAGCUCCCCGGGGACCCUCGGCGGCCCCUCCCGGCGCCGCCUCCCUGCCGGGCCGGCCCCUUCGGGCAAUGGGCCACCGGCGUCCCGCGACGCGCGCCGAAGAGGAGGGAGGCUGCGGCCGGCCCCUCCGCUACCCAGCACGGCCGCGGCCCACAGUCCCGAUCCCGACCCAAACCCUAACUGGCGUGCGAGCUCACUGCCGGGCCAUCCUCUUCUUCCUCGCGCCGCCCCCCUGGCCCAGUGUCCUGACCUGGUCACGAGGCCGCGCCGGCCUGCGCUUCCCUGCCCUCCGCCUCCAGCGCACAGCCACACCAGGCAGGAUCCCGAGCGGGCGGGAUGCUCCUGAACCCCCAGGCGGCCACCAGCCCCACCACCUGGUCGCUGCAGAAGGGGACGUGCACAGGAGCAGCUGGCACACUCAGUGUCCUCCAACCCUGACCCAAGCAUGCAAGGUCCGCCCUGCAGCCUUCCUGCUGGGCUCAGCCUGGACGACUUCAUCCCAGGCCACCUCCGGGCCCACAUAGGGCCAUCCUCUCGGGGGACACGGGUGCCUGUGAUCCGGAACGGUGGCUCCAACACCCUUAAUUUCCAGUUCCAUGACCCUGCGCCCAGGACUGUGUGCAAUGGUUACAUCCCAGCAGCAAGAGAUGCUUCCCAACCCCCAGACCCUGCCUGGUACCAGACCUGGCCAGGCCCUGGGAGCUGGCCCUCUUCGAGCCCAAAGACCCCCACUUCCCAGCAUGCCCAGAACUGGUCAGCCACAUGGACCAAGGACAGCCGGCAUCGGGACAGGCGCUGGGUCAAGUAUGAGGGCAUCGGGCCUGUGGAUGAGAGUGGCAUGCCCAUCGCCCCCCGAUCUAGUGUGGACUGCCCCAGGGACUGGUAUCGGAGAAUGUUUCAGCAGAUUCACCGGAAAUUGCCAGACCUGCAGCAGGACUGGACCUUCCAGGACCCACCCAGAGUGAUCUCCUGUGCCCCCUCUGCGGAGCCCAGGCAUCCUGGGCCCCACCAAAGAUCUGCCCGCAGUGCUGGCACUGCAGCGACGACCUCCAGCAGGAGAAGCUGGGGUCACUGCCAACAACCACCUAGAAGCACCUUCAGUUAUGCUCCUGGGGCAGUCUCCGUGGGAGUGCAGCGCCCAAAUCAGGUGCCCAGACGCAGGGAGAAAGUGGACAAUGUCUGGACAGAAGAUUCCUGGAACCAGUUUCUGCAAGAACUAGAGACUGGUCAGAAGCCCAAGAAGCCAUUGGUGGAUGAGACUGUUGAGAAGCCCUCACAGCCCAUCGAGGUCCUGCUGGAGCGAGAACUGGCCAAGCUGAGCGCAGAGCUGGACAAGGACCUGCGGGCCAUUGAGACUCGCUUGCCAUCCCCCAAGAGCUCGCAGGUGCCCAGACGGGCCCCGGAGCAGCGGCCCCAGGCCCGCUCCGCCCAGGCUUGGGGCUCCAGCUCUCCGCACGCACCUUACUUGGGGUCCUCCCGACCCCUGAGCCCCCACAGAAUGGCGGAUGGAGGAGGAAGCCCCUUCCUAGGUCGUAGAGAUUUUGUCUACCCGUCCUCGGCCUGUGGGCCUGCCCACACUGAAAAGUGUUUCUCCUCAGACCCCAGUGUGCCUGAGAGGGGCAGCAGCCCGGCCAGGAAGGAAGAGAAGAAGAGGAAGGCUGCCAGACUCAAGUUUGACUUCCAGGCACAGUCCCCCAAGGAGCUGAGUCUGCAGAAGGGCGACAUCGUGUACAUCCACAAGGAGGUGGACAAGAACUGGCUGGAGGGGGAGCACCAUGGCCGGCUGGGCAUCUUCCCUGCUAAUUAUGUGGAGGUGCUGCCCGCAGAUGAGGUCCCCAAGCCCAUCAAGCCCCCCACCUACCAAGUGGUGGAGUAUGGAGACGCAGUGGCCCAGUACACCUUUAAGGGGGACCUGGAGGUGGAGCUGUCCUUCCGAAAGGGGGAGCGCAUUUGCCUGAUCCGCAAGGUGAACGACAACUGGUAUGAGGGACGCAUCACGGGCACAGGGCGCCAGGGCAUCUUCCCCGCCAGCUAUGUGCAGGUGUACAGGGAGCCCCGGCUCCGAGUCUGCGAUGAUGGCCCCCAGCUGCCCGCGUCCCCCCGCCUGGCUCCUACUGCCUGCCUGGCCCCUCGCAGCCCGACUGACCCAGCUGACUGGGCGGGCCGCACCUCGCCCCGCCGCUCUGGCCUCUCGGAGCCCAGGUCCCAGGUCCAGAGUCUCAACACUCCUGGACCAGCUGUGUCACAUCCUCCAGGCCCCAGCCAUCCCACGGACACCUCCUCGCCCAACACCACGCAGAUCCACUGGACCCCGUACCGCGCCAUGUACCAGUACAGACCGCAGAACGAGGAUGAGCUUGAGCUUCAUGCGGGGGACCGGGUGGAUGUCAUGCAGCAGUGUGACGAUGGCUGGUUUGUGGGUGUCUCCCGAAGGACCCAGAAAUUUGGGACGUUUCCUGGAAAUUAUGUCGCCCCUGUGUGAAUGGUCUCCAUGGCAACGUGGAGCCAGCCAGGAUGGGGUGGGGUGGGGAGCCCUAGCACCUGGAGAGUAAGGCCCCCACAUCCUCCUCCCCCAAGACCUUCGCUGCCCCCAUGUGCAAAGACUCCAGCAGCCUCCUAGCGGAGCCCCUUGGAGCCCCCUGGACUGAUUCCCACCCGCAGCUCACAGGCAUCUGACAGACCCUCUGCCUUCUCCCCUCCCCAAAUACAGAGGUCUGCUUUGAAGUGGAGACUGUUUCAGGCCUUAUUGAGAGCAGACCCUGGCCCCUUGUCCUGCCCUCCACAGUGCACUCGGUCCCUCUGCUGGGGACAGAUCCAGCUUACCCCCGCGGGGUUCCUCUAACUAGGACCAGCCUCCUGACCUGAUGGAGACUGAAGGCUGCCAGAGCCUGGAGGGGCCUCCUGCUUGCCUUCUGUCCUCCAGCAGUGGCUGGGAGCCGGUGGAGACAGAAGUGACAUCUUCAUAGCCUCCAGGGCCGCCGCUUCCCAGCAGCCACCAGCCUGUUCCAGAGGGUUCACAAGGGCAUGGUUUGCUGUCCCAGCCACCCAGAUCUCCCCGAGUAUCCCUGCUCCUCUGGACAACAGAAAAUAAACCUGUGUAUCAGAGCCUG